AUGGACUUGCAUCCACGGCUACGACGCAAGGCAAAAGAUCAGGCUCUAGACAAUCCAGUUUGGGGACCACUCCGCCGAAACAAACGGGCACGCAAGCACGAACGCUCACCCACUGAUGAUAUUGCACCUAUUCCAAAACGGGUCAAGUCAGUCAAAAGUGGUGGAACGAAAGCAAGGGCGCCAGAACCUCCCCUCAGAACUGGAAAAAGCAAAAGCUGCAAAAGAUUAGAGCGGCCGCCACCUCUCGCAUCAGACUCUGAGGACAACGUGGAGGUUAGCCAACCUCAGCGGUUAAAGAAGAGGGUUAUAGCUCGUGUCAGUGUUGAACCGUCAGAUAUUGAUUCGGACACUGCUAGCAAGCAGAGUGUCUCUGAUAGAGCUUCCAGCUCCGAAAUUGAAAUGUCGGACUCAGGAUCAGAGCCAGUCGAGAGCAUCGCAAAAGCUCUGUUUGAAGAGGUUCCUGCAAUUGUCAAUACACAGGCAGACCGCCAGAAAAAGCCUGCAAAGAGCCUUGGAGUGCGAAAGAAAAGAAAUAUACUGCCUGAAAUCCCCAUGUGGGACUCUCCAAUGACGAGGUCAUCCUUUGGACCGCAGCCUCUCAAACACAGUAGCAAGAGCAAUACGCCCUCCUCCGCAGUACAAGUCAAGGAAGAUGAGGAAGACCUUUCCAUCCUCGAAAUCAAACCUGAGCCCGAUGUGCCCCCACAUGCUGACGCGAUGGCUGAUCUUGUCUACACGAAGACUGGGUCAGUGCGACUUACGGACCAGAACACGGAGCUUCGCAAGGUCAAGGCAUACAUUGCCUUCAAGCACGGGUACCCUGAAAUUGUGGCCAAGAACUCAUAUGCGCGGGAAAUCUUACUUCAGGCUGCGAAGCACCACAAGACAGCGCCAAUUGAGAAACGGAUGUAUGUUGAUGAUGAGUAUUUGUCGGCACUCGCCAAUCUAAUUGAUGCUCGUGCGAGCCUCUUCCGCACUGAAAUCAAGGACGUCGCCUAUAAAUAUGCCCCAGGCUACUUUCGACUCGGCCGUGACUGCAAUGCUAUCGUUGACCGUCUCCUUGCGGGUCAUUCCUACAUUUUUCCGCAGACAUUUGAUGUUAGUUUUUUCGCACAAGAAUUUGACAUCCCACUGACACCUCGCAUCAAGGCUGAGGGUCUUCCUUCUCCAAAACGACAGAAGCCAUAUCAAGGGCAGCCCAUAGUCGACACUCUAUACGAGACAUUCUUCAAAAACACGAAGUCAGUUGGUUUGCAGUUUGCUCAGCACUUUCUUGACAUUGCGGAGAACAAAACUGGUCGACCAGAAAUCCCUAUCCCCAUGUUGGCCAUGGUCAGCACAGCUAUCCAUGCUGUUCUCGUUGCAAAGAAGAACAAGGCAGGUGAAGAUUUCAAGUUCACUGUGGCGUUGUUGGAGAGAAUCCGAAGGACGGCUCCUGUCAAGUUUCACAAAAUGAUGGCCGAUAUUUACGAGGAGGUCCAGCAUUUACGUCGUGACACAAUUGGAGUCUAUGACAAAGAUACCGAUCUAGCAUUCUUGGACCUUGAGGGAAUGGAUGACGAGUAG